CUAUGCCUUGGGCUGCACGAGGCCUCGUUGAUAAUGUCACUCUAGACUACUUGGUAUUUGAGGAGAGACUUUUUUUUUGCUUUGUCUACUUGUAAUUCAAUGGCAAAUGUUCGAUGUAAAUACUUGUUUGGUUCACCUCUACAGAUAUAUAUUUGUGCUUAUUACCUCAUACUGAGGUCGGCUUAUGACCCACCUACAAAAUCCCUACAAUUCCACCAUACUUCAGCCAACAUAGUUUCAAGAGCUCAAUUUAAUGUCCUAUACCCUCAACUCUCUUCACAAUCUAUUUCUAGCCUCGUCCUGGAUUGCGUGCAUCGAAUGGUCAUAGACAGUACCCGCUUCUUGACCUUGAUGCUCGUAGGCCUACAUGAAUAUCCAGGAAAAGUCUCUAAUUCAUUUUUUACCCCUGACAGCUUCAGCAUCGUGCUGAGCAAGCGGCCGUCCAUCAUGAUGAGCGGACCAAGGGCUUUUAUUUGGACAAGUGCUGAAGCUCAAGACACCGAGGGAAUCCACCAACACCGGACCCACCAACGCAGUCUGCAGCUGGCGAGCAAGAGCAGGAGUAAGAACGCAAGGUCUCUGUUGAGCCUACCAUAAACUCGGCAGCAAUGUCGUUCUCUCUACUGCAGUUUCAAGAAGUUCCCGCGAGUCUCAGUGCGAUCCGAAUCUUGUAGACUUUGCCCACAUGGAACGCAGGGGUUCGUAGCCAGCUGGCUUUGUUAUGAGGCUUUGGGCCUGGGUCAAGUUUCCAUUAUUGCGCAUACUCUAUGAUGAGUUAUACUAGCAAACCUGAGCGAAAUCCUUCGGCGAAGGCGAAAGGCUGUAACCUGGUUCUUCUUAGUUAAGAAAAAGGGUAGAGUAUUCUGCUUUUUCUGGAGAGGAGAGAAACCAAUUGCCAUGCCACAAUCUCUGCAAUUCAGUGAAGGGAAAGUGCGCAGGGACACAGAGGUGACCCCAGUGCCUUG